AUGACGACCGACACUGUGCGUCCGGGCAACCGCUCGGCCGGAGCUGCACUGCUCGCCAAGCGCCUCCUCGCACUCGUCGGCAGCACGCAGGGCAAGAUUGCCACUGCCGGCGUUGUGGCCGCGGUGGUCGCUGCCGUCGUCAAGAAGCGCCGUGAGCGCGCCAAGGCGCACCGCGCUCUGAUGGCGUCGCUCUCGGAAGACGAAAAGAAGGCGCUCAGUCUGCGACGGAAAAACCGGGUCGCGGUCAACAGCGAGUUCUUCCGCAGACUCCAGUACCUGCUGCGCAUUGUGCUGCCAGGGUGGCGCUCCAAGGAGGCCAUGCUCUUGCUGCUCCACUCGUCCUUCCUGGUUGUCCGCACCUUCCUGAGUCUCUACGUCGCCUCCCUCGACGGCGCGAUCGUCAAGAGCAUUGUGGAGCGCGAGGGUCGGCAAUUCCUGUGGGAACUGACCAAGUGGAUUGGCAUUGCCAUCCCCGCCACCUACAUCAACUCGAUGAUUCGCUUCCUCGAGAGCAAACUGGCCCUCGCCUUCCGCUCGCGCCUCGUGGAGCACGUCUACCGCGUGUACAUGAACAACGAGACGUACUAUCGCAUUGGCAACCUCGACGGCCGCAUUGCUAACGCCGAUCAGUGUAUGACGGAGGACGUGUCGCGCUUUUGCAACCACCUCGCUCACCUCUACUCGCACCUCUCCAAGCCCUUCCUGGACGUGCUGCUGAUGACUGGUCAGCUGCUUCGUCUGGGUGUCCAGACCGCUGGCGCAAAGUCGACGUUCGGCCCCAUUGGCAUUGCUGCGAUCGCUGUCGGCUGCACCGCCCAAAUCCUGCAGCUCACAUCGCCUCCGUUCGGCAAGCUCGUCGCCGAUCAGGCCAGCCGCGACGGCCACCUCCGCUAUGUCCACUCCCGCCUCAUCACCCAUGCCGAGGAGAUUGCCUUCUACGGCGGCGACAAGAUUGAGAUGGGCUACCUCGCCAAGGCCUACCAGGCCUUGGUCAGCCAAAUCAACCUCAUCUAUCGCGAGCGCAUCCUCUAUGUCAUGCUCGAGCAGUUCCUCAUGAAGUACGUCUGGAGUGCCUCCGGCAUGUGCAUGAUUGCCAUUCCCGCCCUUGCCAGCAAGGCCAUGCUCGAGCAACAGGCUGCUGCUGCUGCUGCUGCUGGUGCUGGUGGUGCCGCAGCCGCCGCCGCAUCAAAGCCAUCCAGUGUUCAAGGCUUUGGCGAGACUGCCGGCGAGCGCACUGAAAAGUUCAUGACCGCUCGCUCGCUUCUCAGCACGGCUGCCGACGCCGUUGAGCGCAUCAUGUCGUCGUACAAGGAGGUGACUGAGCUUGCGGGCUACACGGCGCGCGUGCACGAGAUGGUUUCCGUCUUCAAGGACGUCGAAAGCGGCCACUUUGAGCGCAAGUCUCUCGAUGUCGAGCACGCCGACCCCAUUCUUCAGGGCACCGGCACGGUGAUUGAGAGCCACGACGACCUCGUCAAGCUGGACAACAUCCCUGUCGUGACCCCGAACGGCGACGUGCUCGUGCGCUCGCUCUCGUUUGAAAUUCGCCCCCACAUGCACUUGUUGAUCACUGGACCCAACGGCUGCGGCAAGUCGAGCACCUUCCGUCUGCUCGGUGGCCUGUGGCCCAUCUAUGGCGGCACCCUGACGCGCCCCAAGCGGUCGAACAUGUUCUACAUUCCUCAACGGCCCUACCUGUCGCUCGGAAAUUUGCGCGAGCAGGUCAUCUACCCCGAUACCGUCGAGGACAUGCGCGCCAAGGGCCGUACUGACGAGUUCCUCGAAGGUGUGCUCAAUGUGGUCAACCUCGGCUACGUUGUCAAGCGCGAAGGCGGCUGGGAUGCCAUCAACGAUUGGCACGAUGUGCUGUCUGGCGGCGAAAAGCAACGCAUCGGCAUGGCACGCCUCUUCUACCACAAGCCCAGCUAUGCGCUUCUGGACGAGUGCACCAGCGCUGUGAGCAUUGACGUCGAAGGCCAGAUGUACCAGCACGCCAAGGACAUUGGCAUCACGCUGCUCACCGUCACGCAUCGCCCCUCGCUCUGGAAGUUCCACACACAUCUCUUGCAGUUUGACGGCGAGGGCGGCUACAAGUUCUCCGAGCUCGACGCCACGGCUCGCUUCUCGCUCAAGGAAGAGAAGAGCCAGCUGGAGGCCCAGCUGUCUGGCAUUCCCAAGGCCCAGAGUCGGCUGCGUGAGCUUUGCCAGCUGCUCGGCGAGGACUCUGUUCUCCUCGAGGGCGGCGGCGCACGGCCCCACUCGAGCGCUGCUGUUGUCUCGUCGAUUCCCAGCAGUGCUGCCGAUGACGAGGUGGAUGCCACUGGUCAUUCCGAGUCCACAGAAGCCACCACCAAGAACGGCAAGCAAAAGAGCGGUCGCUCACGUGCCGAUGCAUCCCGUAUCGUCUUGGAUGUGAGCUUGCCAAUUGCUCCAGGUGUCACACCAGUGUGGCCAGGAGAUCCCGUCGUUGAAAUUUCGCAGCAGGUUGCCAUUCGCGACGGCCAUACUUACAAUUUGAGCAAGUUGAGCAUGAGCACGCAUUGCGGAACUCAUAUUGAUCCGCCGCUUCACUUGUUCGAUGGCAAAACGGCCGUGCACGACAUUGCCCCCUCCGUGCUGGUUGGGCCAGUGCUUGUCGUUUCGCUCGAGAGCCCGACCCAGUCCAGCGAGAUCUCGGCUGACGAACUGAGAGCUGCCGUUGCUCGUCUGGGGUGCUCAGAUCUCAAGGGCAGCCGCCUGUUUAUCAAGACGCGUAACUCUGAGACGUGGACGGACAUGGCACAGAAACUGAAAUCUUCUGGCUUGUUGCAAACAGACGCAACUGCCCCGCCGCCGCCGCCACCAGCGACGUUUGUUGCGUUGUCCUCUGGUGCGGCGCAAUGGAUUGCCUCGGCUGGUGUCGUCUUGUUGGGUGUGGAUGGACUGUCGGUGGAUCCUCCGGAAUUGGAGGCCUUGCCAGCACACAAAAUUCUUCUCAGCUCGGGAGUGGUUGUCAUCGAGAGCCUGUCCCUUGGUGCAGUCACUGAGGGGUGGUGGGAGUGUGCCGCUUUGUGUCUGAACUUGGUUGGUGCCGAUGGUGCCCCUGCGCGCGUGGUUCUUUGGAAAUGAUUGGAUUGUCAGUUGGGUGUCUUUGGGUGCAUGGUGUGCACAUCAUCCCCAUGUUUUAAGCCUUCCGUCUGUUGUAUUCUUCUGUAAAAUAUAGUUUUGUCCUAAU